GCCUGACAGGAAACCCGGCCUCGCUUUACGGCCGCUGGAUGAGGAGGAGCGGAGAAGGGGAGCGGGAGACGCCGCCGCCGCCGCUGAGGGGAUUCGGGGGACAUGGCCGAGGUUCCGCCCGGGCCUAGCAGCCUCCUCGCCCCGCCGCCGGGAGACGCCGCCGCCUCGCUCCUGUCGCCCUUCCCGGGAGCCGCCGCCGAGGAGGAAGAGGAGGAGGAAGGCGAGGCCGGGCAUGAGGGCGGGGAGGGCCCCGCCUGCCGCCCCCCCCUCCGCCGCCGGCCCUGCCCGCCGCACCGCCGCAACCACCAGCUCAACGGCCUCAUCGCCGCCCCGCCGGACCUGCGGCAGCGCCUGCGCAGCUCCCUCAAGGGCAAGAUCCUGAGCAGCAGCGAAGGCCUCAGCAAGGCGAUGGGACACGGGCAGCAGCAGCAGCAAGAAGAGGGGCCGCCUCCGCCUCCCCCCUCCUCGCUCAGCAACCACCACCGGGUCCCCCGGGCCCAGGCCAGGACUGCACCGCCCGCACCGCAGCACCACCCCCGCCGCCACCACCAGGAUUCGGCCUCCUCGGCUGGGGACAGGAACGGGGUGGCGGGGGGUGAGGAAGAGGAGGAGGAGGAAGAUGGAGGAGGAGGAGGAGGCCAGCAGCAGGAGGUGGGGAGGGAGGAGGAGGAGGAGUCGCUGCUCCUCCUCUCCCGGUCGUUGGCGUCCAGCUGCAGUUUGCAAAAAAGCCCCCCCACGGACUCUUCCUGGGCCCCACAGGUGGAGGAGGAGACGUCGGGGGACCUCACGAUACGAUACGUCCGCUACGAGUCAGAGCUGCAGAUGCCUGAUAUCAUGAGACUGAUCACCAAAGAUCUGUCUGAACCCUACUCCAUUUACACAUAUAGGUAUUUUAUCCACAACUGGCCUCAGCUUUGCUUUUUGGCAAUGGUAGGAGAUGAGUGUGUAGGUGCCAUCGUGUGCAAGUUGGAUAUGCACAAAAAGAUGUUUCGCAGAGGUUAUAUAGCCAUGUUAGCCGUGGAUUCCAAAUACAGAAGAAAAGGCAUAGGUACAAACUUGGUUAAGAAAGCUAUUUAUGCCAUGGUAGAAGGAGACUGCGACGAGGUCGUCCUGGAAACCGAGAUCACAAACAAGUCAGCAUUGAAACUUUAUGAAAAUCUUGGCUUUGUGCGAGACAAGAGGCUGUUCAGAUACUAUUUAAAUGGAGUGGACGCGCUGCGUCUUAAACUGUGGCUGCGUUAACCGGAGGCCGUCGACUGCCGCCCCCUCCCCCCGAGGACUCAUCUUCCUGAUGAUGCAGCAGCAGCCGCAGUGUCCUUUGCAUGCAAUGCAAUUUGUGUGGAAUUGCUUUGCAGGUGGACAUGUAACAACUCCCGUGCAGCUCUUCUUCUCUGUGAGUGUCUCCACUGAGCGUCGCACCUCAAAAUUCGUUGCACUGUGUGGCAUGGCGCGUUUUUUGUUCCGAAUUUAACAACAGAUCAUUUCAGACUUCAGAUCCUUUCGUUUUGUUGCGUUUCAGUAUCCAGGAGGACGUGCCGGUAGAUGGCCAAAAUCCGUUCUUUAUUUUUCUUUCCCCCCCCCCCCACCCCCCAUUUGCAAGUCUACCGACUCCUGUCACAUGAAACGGUGAGCACGCUCUCCAAGAAUCUGUGUUACGUGGAACAAUUAUUUUUCUGUUUUUGUUCCAGGGAGAAAGGAAGUGAGAGGGAAAAAAAAAAGCCAAUGUAGAUUGUAAAAUUCUCUAAGUAUACUAAUAUUUCAUACAAAACUCACCCUAGUUUCCUCCCCCCCCCAGGGAAGAUUUUUUUUUUAAAGGCUUCAAAGUUUUAGGUUUUAUUUUUCAAUAUGAACUUUCCAUUCUUAAAUAUUGGUACCUCAGUGAUUAGUGAAUGAAAAAAACUGUAUUGUAGAGUGGGGUGUGUGUUAACAUUGAGUACCGGUAACAAUUUAAAUUGCGUCUGCCAGUGCCUGUGUAGAUACGUAUAUUUGUCUUCACCGCUAAGUUUUUUGAAUGCAUGCUUUUUUUUUUCCUGAUUUUUUUUUUUUUUUUUUUUGGUCUUUGCAAGAAUGGCUUUUAUUUAAAAUUCUGGAUUUUUGAGAAUAAAUUAUUUCAGACUUUGUUAAUUUGGAUGACUUCACCCAGAAUGAUAAAGGCUUCAAAAGCUCUUCUCUAUCUAGCAAGGAAGUGGGGGGGGGGGAGGGGAGAAAUCUCGUGUAGCUGCUAAAAAGGGAGCUCAUGCACUUUGUUCCUUUAAAGAGAGCGAGGGACUCUUUUCAAACACGAAAUGGCGAAAUUAAUGUAAAUUGGGUUGAUUGUUUUUUUUUAAUUUAAUCAAAAUUACCAUUUAGGGAUAGCUAAAGAGCCAUUUUCAAGGCAGUCGAGACGGUAUGAUUUUGAUAUCGGUUCACGUCGGCUUUGCUUCUGCGUUCGAAACGAACGGCGACACUUUGGUCUUCAGUUCCUGGUGCAUCCAUUUUUUCAAGCUGCUUUUCAGUUCCUCCUCAAUUUCCACAAAAAAAAAAAAAAAGCCAAAAACUCUUGCAGUUUUUAAUUUCCUUCUGGGGGAAAAAAUUGGCAGAGGGCGUGUCCGAGGCUGGAUUCUCACUCGUUCCCCUCCUCCCCGUUCAGCUGGGACCUACUUAGACUUGUUCAAAACGUCCCCCUCCCACCCAGCAGUUACACGGUAUGUACUUAUGUCUGUCAGUGCAAUAUGUAAAAGCAAACACUUUUUUUUGGCAGUGACAGCAUUGAUAAAAAUCUAUAUCUAAAAGCAAAAAAAAAAGAAAGAAACCUUAGGUGACUCACGGAAAAUUGCUUCCUUUAUAUUGGGAGGGAAAUCUUCCUUUUAUACUGGGAGGAAAACCUUCCGAAUUCAACUUUUUUGCCUUACCACGUUGUCUGUUAGGGAUUUCAACUUGUCAUGUUGUCAAAACGGUUGAAGUUGCUGUAACUUUUUGCGAGAGAGAGAGAGAGAGGACUUUGCCUCCCGUCACACUUCAGAGAAAAAGACCCCGUUCUGGACAGCUACAUUGUAAAGAAGGCCAUCCUGAUUUUUGCACAGACGGAGCAUCUCCCCCACUAUGUAUAAGUUGUGAAUUGUAUUUGGGAAAAAAAUAAAGGAUUUUAAUUUAAAA